CUCUCGCGAGAUUUCCGUAGCUCGUCUUCCUCUCUCUCGCUGCGCUUCAGCCCACACUGACCUGACCCUGCCAGAGCGAAACAAGUCGACGUGCUGCCUACAACCGGCCCGGAGCCACCGUCCACAGUGCGUCCACUUAAGCAACGCCUUUACAUCCCGACAGUAACAGUAACAGCGAGGACACCACCGCAGAAUGGCGCUGGACAUGGCUGACUCACAGUACCUUCUCAUCCUGGCACCGUCGCUGGUCAUUGCUCUCAUGUUCCUCUUUUUCUGGCUCUUCAUGAAAGAGACUUCCUACGAUGAGGUUCUGGCCCGCCAGAAACGAGACCUCAAAUUGCCUCCCGCCAAGCCCGAUACUCGUAAAAAGAACGAGAAAAAGAAGAACAAGAAGAAGGAGACUGGCGGAAGUGGAUUGGGAGGAGGUGGGGGUGGCGAGUCAGAGGAAGACCUGAGGGAUUUUGAUACAUCUGAUGCCACUAGCCCUAUCUCGAAUGAUGAAGAUUCUGAGGUGGUGCCCAUGAGUCCACCUGUUGCUGCUCCGGUCCUGGCAGAACCUCCGUCCGGGAUAAGAGAGAGAAAAAAGAAAGAGAAAAAGCCAAAAGCUUCUCCAACAGCUGCUCCAGUUGCUGCCCCAACAGUUGUACCCCUUUCUCGUACAACCCCAACUACUCCUCCAACUUCAGAAGAACCAGAAGUCAAUGGUUCCAAACCUGCUGUCCGUAAGGAUCCGCCCCUCCCCCUGACCAAACAGUCCAGCCCACCACAGCCUCAGGCCACGCCCCCUGCCCCCACUGAGACUACCAGCAAAAAGAAAGCCAAGAAGCAGAAGAGUGAGUCUGUGGCUGAGGCACAUGUCCAGUCCUCAGCCCCAGUCACUCAGACUGACUCCACCACCUCGACAAACCACCAGAGCAACCAAAACAAUGAGGCUCCGUCCCCUGCUCCUGCACCCACCAAACAUGGCAAGAAACAGAAGAGCGAAACUAACAAAGAGAGACACAGAGGAGACGAAUCGUCGUUUCAUAAACUGCAGCAGGAAAACGGCAUCCUGAGGGAUGCUGUGGAGAGAUGCUCCACCACCAACCAGAUGGAGACCAAGCAGUCAUCCGAGCUGAAUAAGCUGCAUUCAGAAUGCAACGGCCUGAUGAAAGAGCUAGCAGAGACCAAAAACAAGCUGCAGCAGGAAGAGUUGCAACGGAAGAGUCUAGAAGUCAACUACAAGCAAAAUGUUUCCCAGCUGGAGGAUGCGAAACGUCGUUGGGAAGAGCUGCAGAACUAUUUGCACAACGUGAGUGCAGAGAGAGAAAAGCUUCAGUCUGCUAAACAAGAGCUGCAGAAUCAAAUGAUGGCUGUGGAGAGCGAGAUAACCAGUAAAAACAAGGAGAUCCAGACUCUCCACAGCAGCCUGACGGAAACGCUCAUCUUUAAAGAGCAGGAGCAGCAGAAGGUCAAGCAUCUGGAGCAGAAGGUCAUGCAGCUGUUGGAGGCAUCUCAGCACACCAUGCAGCCUGACGACCAACUACAGGAACAAGUCCAGGAUCUUCUUAAAGAAAACAAAAUGCUGAAAGUUCAGAUUGAUAAUCUUCAGACUCAGCUCAACACUCAGGCUACAACAGUAUCACAUUUCGAUGAGCUUCAAAAACUGCUGGCUGAAAAAGAGAUAAAGAGGAAGAGUCUAGAAGAUUCUCUUAAUGCUGAGAGGAGCAGCAGUGCUGGCAGGGAGAUAAAAAUGCAGGCCAUACACAAUGAGAACCUGACAGUGAAGACUGAUGUCCAGAAUCUGCAGGCACAGAUUUCUGAGCAGGCUGUAUCUAUGGAGCAACUUAAGCAAAGCCUCCAGCAACGUGAUGAGAAGGUUAGAAUGGUGGAGAACUUGCUGGAGUCCAGCCUCAUUCAGGUGGCCAAUAAAGAAGACGAACUGAAGGCAAUCAAAAAUGAGUAUGAAGAUUUGAAACAGCAACUGGAGUUAGUACAGAAACAUACUACAGAGCAGACAAUGUCAGAAAAGACGCUAGAAGAGCUACAGCAAAAGAUUCAGGUGAAGGAUGAAAAAAUUCGAUCAGUCGAGGGAAGUUUGCAGUCAGCGAUGAACAACGAAUCAGAGAGAACGAAGGCAAUGGAGGAUCUACAACAGCAGGUCGAGACUCUGAACACUGAACUUGCCCAGCUGAGGAGCAGAGAAACAAAGUCAAGCUCAGACUUGAACUCUAAAAUCCAGGAGCUUCAUGUUCAGUUAACGGCCAAGGAUCAGGAUGUUGAGAGGCUGCAGAGAGAACUGGAGAAGGAAAUUCAACAACAGCAGCAAACCGUUUCAGCAGUUCCCAGCCAGGAAUUAACAGCGCUGGCAGAGAAGAACAAGCAGCUAUCUGACCUUCAGGAAGAGCUGCUCGAGUUGAGGGAGUCUGUGGAGCUUCAUCGUAAGAAGAACAACGAGCUCCGGGAGAAAAACUGGAGCGCUAUGGAGGCGCUGUCAGCCACCGAGACCAUACUUCAGGGAAAACUCGCCAAGAGCGCCAAGGAGCAUCAGACAGUGCUGGAGUCAGCGGAGACCGAAUGCCGAGCAUUGCUGCACAGACUCCUGCCGCACGUGCCGCUGCCCACCGACCAGAUCCACCAGCAGUGGCUACUGAAGUUUGAGACAUCUGUGAGCGAGAGCUCGGCUGGAGAAGUGACCUCUGCUACUGCUUCAGGAGCUGGAGAUGCCCAGGCUUUAGCAGAAAAGUUAAAGGAGGCUGAGGAGGCCCAGAAAGUUCUACAGAAAGAUUGUGAGACGUACAAGAAAGUGCUAGCGGAGACGGAAGGGAUCCUGCAGCGGCUACAGAGCAGUGUGGAGCAGGAGGAGACGUGCUGGAGGGAGAAGUUGGAGCAGUCACAGGCUGAUCUCAGAGAGAUGACUCGGAGGGUAACUGCACUGGAACAGGAAGUGGACAGACUGAGCUCAGAUGGAGAUGUGGAGAGUUUGAGGCGAGACAAACAGCACAUGGAGGCUGAACUGGAGAGAGCGGAGUGUGAGAGCGCCACCUAUGUAUCAGAGGUCAGAGAGCUCAAAGAUCUCUUGACCGAGUUGCAAAGCAAACUCGACGGCUCGUACACAAAGGCCGUCAGGCAGAAUGAGGAGUUGAAUUUGCUUAAGACUCGGCUGACUGAGACGUUGUGUAAGCUUGAGACGGAGGAGAGUGAGCGACAGAAAGUGGCUGGAGAUCUUUAUAAGGCCCAGCAGUCUCUGGAGUUGAUUCAGGCAGAGAUCAUUAAAGAAGCAGGCCAAGCUGACCUGAUAGAGACCAGCAGCCUCACGCAAAUGGAGGAGAUUGACCGUAAGGAGAAGAUGACUGCAGGGUUGAAUCAGACAGUACAGGAACUACAAGAACUACUUCAGUCUAUCAACAGACAGCUUACCAAGGGAAAUGAAAGGGUAGGUUCCUUUAUUCUUUCCUGAACUGUAUUCUAGUUU